UGCAUGUUGAUGUUUUUGUUUACUAUGCCAACAGGUCGAAUUGUAGCUGCUGUGAGUUGAGGAAAGCUUCAGCAUGUGUGAUAGGAUGGGGCAAUGCAACUGUUGGUGAAAAACAAUACUCCUGCAGUGGAUGAUGGUUUGUGUGGCUCUGACUGCCUUACGCUCAUCUCUGUGUCAUCUCUGCUCACCUGCACUCUUGUAUUGCGAUGUCUCCGCCUUCCGAAUUGCUGAAGCGCCUGCAGGAGUACGGCCAGGAGCACCUCCUGCAGCACCUGCACCUCCUGCAGCCUGCGCAGGCCAAGCGAUAUCUCUCCGACCUUAAUGAGCUGGACCUGGGCGAAGUAUGUGGGUACUUCUCGCGCACGACGGCCGCGCUCAACGAGGACGACGAGCGCAAACUGGACGAGCGCAUGCAGCCCAUCCCAGCCAGCCUGCACGGCGCCGUCACGCGCACACCUCUCGAGGAGAUCAUGGCUUAUGAGGUACUCAGUGAGGCUGGUUUGCAAGCUGUAAGCGAAGGGCAGGUGGCCGUGCUGCUGCUGGCGGGCGGGCAGGGCACGAGACUGGGCGUGUCAUACCCUAAGGGCAUGUAUGACGUGGGCCUGCCUUCACACAAGACUUUAUAUCAGAUCCAAGCGGAACGGCUGGUGAAGCUCCAGGAGUUGGGUGCUGCGAUGCAUGGCAAGUCUGGAGCUGUUCCAUGGUACAUCAUGACGUCUGAGCACACCAAGGAGCCCACCAUGGAGUUCUUUGCCAAGCACGACUACUUCGGGCUGCAGAAGGAGAACCUGGUCGUGUUCGAGCAAGGCAUGCUCCCCUGCUUCACAUUUGACGGCAAAAUUAUCCUCGAGGCUCCUGGGAAGAUUGCCAGAGCACCGGACGGUAACGGUGGUCUCUACAGAGCACUUCGGUCUCAGAAGAUCCUGGAGGACAUGGAUCGUCGUGGCGUUAAAUACAUUCACGUAUAUUGCGUGGACAACAUCUUGGUCAAAAUGGCUGACCCUGUCUUCAUGGGCUACUGCAUGGACAAGGGCGCCGACUGCGGAGCUAAGGUCGUCGAGAAAGCCUUCCCCACUGAGGCUGUUGGCGUGGUGUGCAAGGUGGACGACGUGUACCAGGUGGUCGAGUACAGCGAAAUUACUCUGAAGACCGCCCAGAAGCGCAACCCAGACGGCCGCCUCACUUUCUCCGCUGGCAACAUCUGCAACCACUUCUUCACGCAAGAAUUCCUCAAGAAUGUCGUCUACGACUACGAGGCUGGCAUGAGACACCACGUAGCCAAGAAGAAGAUCCCUCACUGCGACGCUCACGGCAACACAGUCAAGCCUGAAGCUCCCAACGGCAUCAAGAUGGAGAAAUUUGUCUUCGAUGUCUUCCAGUUCUCUAGCACGCUGGCAGUCUGGGAGGUGAUCCGAGAAGACGAGUUCGCUCCUCUGAAGAACGGCGACGGCGCUGAGAAGGACACGCCGAGCACGUGUCGCCACAGCCUCUACUCCCUGCACCAGCGCUACCUGCUGCACGCUGGGGGCCAGCUUGUCGAUAGUCAGGGCGAACUGCUGCCUCUCAUUCCCAGCCCCGCUCGUGCUCCUAAAUGUUCAGAAAACGGCUGCCCGGAGACAAAUAAUAACUCUGACCAGAAGGAGCUGAACUGGGACGAGAAUCCCGUGGUGGUGGAAAUUUCUCCGCUGGUAUCAUACGGAGGCGAGGGUCUGAAGUCUCUCGUCGAAGGGAAGAAGUUCACGUGUCCGCUCAGUCUCUACGACGAUCGCGAGAAAAAAAUCCAAUCCAAACAUUGACCUACUCACGUAUUUUACUCUACUGAGACAAAAAUUACACCGGAACACGUAUGAAUUAUUAUAUCAGUCAGUAGCUUACUAUCUGAUGUCGGAGCUAUUGUAACUGAUUUUAAUAGGAAAGCGCUCUUUAAUAUGGCAGAAUGGCUCUAGCUUCUUUCAGUUUAGAGUUGAAAACGAAGUCAUGGAAGUAAGUGCUGUAAGCUAGGGCUAUGUAUGUUCAUACUAAUUCUGCCCGGGUGAGUCGUGAUUCAACGUAUGAAGUCCACAUCAAUAAAUCGAUAUUGAAGUGCAGUUUUUUUAACGAAGCAAGAUUUCCGAUAAAUGUAACGAUACAGUGAAUUCAUUUUUAGUAUGCCACAACAUUUCUGGUUCAGAAAUGGUGCACGUUUUCAUAUUGAAGAUGCCAUUGCUCCCUAGGAGCGUUGUGAGCUCGGAGCCUGGACUGGCAGCUUUUUGACGUGUAGCUUGUUUUUAUGAGUGUGUGAUUGUGAGCGUUUGAUACAUCGUGAAUUGUUAUUGUUUUUGUAUUUUUGUAGCUUCAAUAGUAUGGGAAAACAGUUGAUAGGUUUUGGGGGAUGAUGGAGGCUACUUAAUUAAAUUGCGAUGAAAAUGAAACUGGUAUCCAUUAGAUGGCCGAUCUUAUUUGGAUGAUUGGAACGGAAAAAAAUUCCAUGCGAACUGAAAUUAAGGAUUUAUAUUUUUCGUACUUAGUCGUUUCGUACAUUUUUCGUUUUACACUUUAAAACUGGUGCUGGUUAUGUUUGGCGUGUCACCAUCGAACUCGUUAUGCUGUUUACAACAAAGUGAAAAUUUUAGGAAUGAAAUUUGAUGGUCGAUUGAUUCCGUUUCUUAACUGUGAUUGUCUAGUUAAUAACAAAAUGAUGUCAGUCGUUAGUAGCUUUUGGGUUUUUAAUAUUUUGUAAAGUAUGAAGAUAUUUUGAUUUUGUAUUGAAAGAAAGGUUAUUUUAGUCAACUAUACAAUAAGGCUAAAUAUAAUACUUCCUGCUUCAGUUAGCUAACAUUCGGGUCUUUCAUUUAUUGAGAAAGUGGAUAACAAAUUUCACCGCCAGGCUACAGUUACAUUCUUCCCUGUGAACCUUGAUAGUCAUUACUUGUUGUACAUACAUAGUAUAUUAGUUUAAGAAUAGUUCUCCUAAUAUAAUUGAGAAAAAAUGAGAAACCUGGGCUUUUUCUUAGACAAAUUUAUUUGGAAGUCCUGUAUCUACCAUUAGCUCUUGUUUGCAACUUGAAGCGUAUACCAGGACUGUGUACUGGAGCGCAGGGUGGCGGCUGAAGAGAAUAAAAGAUGCUACUUACAUUCGUGAAUGUUUCUACACAACAUUAAUGUUGUAAACUAUCUGUCGGCUGGUGUGUCUCGUAGAGGUACCUGAACAGUCAUCUUUUUGGUGCUUAUCUCUUGUGAUCUAAACCUUGGUUUACUACGUUUUAUGAUACCAAAUGUUAUUUUCUGCGUGGAGUUUUGCCUUUUUUUUUAUCAAAACCGAAGCCUGAUUUUCUUUGAGUGUGAAGGGAUAGCUAUUGAAAUGAUUCUAUUAAUCGCGACACAUUUAGUAUCUUUCCAGAUUUUUGCAGAACACGCAAACAGUUGAUCAGUAUUAUGACGGGGACCAUUUUUAUACAUACAACGUACCAAUUUCA